UCAAUGAAAGAAACUACUAUUGCAAUAAAUAAUCGCACAAUUAUAUGACUGUAUCACAAAUUUAUUUAGUAUGUGCAAAAGAGGUACGAUUUAUUCGUAUAAUUUAAAAAACAGAAUUAUUUGUUACGGUUGCCUACUUCACACCCAAUGAUCGUAAUUGUCCAGAACUUGUCUAUGGUCCAGAACUAUGGUCUAGAACUCCACCUAACCAACAAAAAAAUGGUUAGGAAAAUUAAGAGAUAAAUAUUGUUUUUGUUAGAGUGUCUUUGUGUUUAAUUAUUAAACAUUAGGAAUGAUAUGUAAAAAGAGCUUAACAAUGCAGGAGGAUAAUUCAAUGUUUGAAAAAAUUCUAGGAGAUUUGGAGCAUAUCAUUGAAAAUGAUAUAAAUUCUAGACUGAAGACGUUCAGUGUUGUGCCAGUUACAGAAAAUAAAAAUAAAUCUCCCAUUUUAUAUGAGAGACAGAAUGGAUCAGAGCACCAUUUGGGACUGGAAUCUUGGUGUGUAAAACAUAUUUACAAAUAUGCAUCAACAGAACUGUUCAGAGUUAGACGUUUAUUGAAGAAAAACAGAUUGUCAGUUUUUCAGAUGGAAACAUUAAAUAAAUAUUUGGUUGGAGCUUUAUUAAUCAAUCCAGAAGUGACAACUUUCUGGAAUAUGAAGAAGGAACUUAUAGAACAGGACAUAUUACAAACAGGAAAAGAGUUGUUGUUUACAAAACUUGUUUUGUCACAUAAGAGCAAGUCAAAUGAUACAUUUAAUCACAGAAGAUGGUUAUUGAAAAGAAUGCUGUCUAAUACAAAACCAGAAUGUUAUAUUGACAUGUUACCAGAAGAAUUUGCAGUAACAGAAUUUGCAGCAGAAAAAGCAGAAAACAAUUAUCAUGCAUGGACACAUCGUAUUUGGUGUUUGGAAAACUUUUUAUUCUCGAAAACGAUUGAUUAUCAAAGUAAAAGUAAUGUAAUUUUUGAGCAACUACAGUUCUCUUUAGGAUGGAUUAAUAAUCAUAUAUCUCAACAUUCUGGGUACCAUUAUAGACAGUAUUUAAUAAACUGCAUUAAAAACAUUCCUACCAUGAACAAUUCCAUAAGCAAUACAUCUUUUAUGUUUGUGAAAAAUUUGUUAGGACUUUCAAUAGAAGAUAUGUCAAAUGAAAGGAGUUUCAUAAACAAAUUAUUAGGAGAAUCUAAAGAUUAUGCUAGUGAAAGCAAUAAUUAUUCUAAUUAUGUUUGUAUUUUGUUGUACGAACUGUUUCAUACAUUGAAAACAUUAUUUUGUUUUUAUCCAAAGCACGAAACCAUUUGGUAUCACCGUAAAUUUAUUGUGUACCACUUAUUGCAGUGGAUGUAUGAUUGCUACGGAAUUGAGUGGCAACCAAAAAUUAAUCUUUCAAAUGUUUGUGAAUAUAAUGUUAAUGUUGUUGAUAACUGUACAUACAAAAAUGUUAAAUUUGCUGAAAGUGGUGAAAAAUUUGCCAAAUUAUUUAAAUUUGAAACAGAUAGAUUAGAUUCGUCUCUAUUAUAUCAAAUAAUUGUCCAAUCAGAAUUCGAUAUUGUGAAAACAUCACUUUCAAGUGCCUGUUUGCACACACAAAAAUUAGCUGAAAGAUAUGAAAGAUGGUUGAAAAAUAUUGCAUGUUUAAGAGGUUCAUAGUGUUGUUAUUUACUCUUUGUUGUAAUACUUUGCGGUAAAAAAAUAUAAGAAACAACAGUUUAUGCUGCUGUUAGGCAUGUUAACUAAGGCGCAUACAAUUUA